UAAAAAUUGUCGCAAUUAUGUAUUUUGAAAUGGUCCGAAAAAGAACAUUGUAGAGAUAAUUAAGGGAGCAAUUUACAGUUUUACACUAAUCAUCCUCUCAAAAAAGAACAGUAAUUGGGCGGAUUACUCGAGUAAAACAUUGUCUAUCACAAGUACAACGAUGAAGUGAUAGAACGAGAGAUCACUCUGCAUCAUUUCAGUCCAUAUAACUGUAUCUAUGGUGCUCAUUUAAUUGCACCUUUCUCUCUCCUCUGUCUCUCUCCUCCGCGUCUUCUCCGGGAAUUGAAUUCAAUGGCUUGUUCAAUGCUGAAUGGUGUUGAUAAACUCGCCUUAAUCAGUGGGAAAACCCCAAAUAGGUUGAGGUUUUCUGGGUCAGAUUUCACUGGGAGUUACAAACUACCCAGAUUGAAUUUACCCCCAAAUUCCAGGAAUUUAAGGGCUAAAACCCUAACCACCGUAACAAAAUGCACUCUCUCAGCAUCUGAAAGGCCUGCUUCACAACCCAGAUUCAUCCAAAACAAACAGGAGGCAUUUUGGUUUUACAGGUUCUUGUCAAUUGUGUAUGAUAACAUCAUUAACCCAGGUCAUUGGACUGAGGAUAUGAGAGAUGAUGCAUUGGAACCUGCAGAUUUGAAUAACAGGAACAUGCUUGUGGUUGAUGUUGGGGGUGGAACUGGGUUUACUACAUUGGGUAUUAUUAAGCAUGUUGAUCCUAAAAAUGUCACUAUUUUGGAUCAAUCACCCCAUCAGUUGGCAAAGGCGAAAGCGAAAAAGCCUUUGAAGGAGUGUAGGAUUAUUGAGGGGGAUGCUGAGGAUCUCCCUUUUCCUACUGAUUAUGCUGAUAGAUAUGUUUCUGCUGGAAGUAUUGAGUACUGGCCUGAUCCGCAAAGAGGCAUAAGGGAAGCAUACAGGGUGCUAAAAUUGGGAGGGAAAGCAUGCUUGAUCGGACCUGUUUAUCCAACAUUUUGGCUGUCUCGCUUCUUUGCGGAUGUGUGGAUGCUCUUCCCAAAGGAGGAAGAGUAUAUCGAAUGGUUUCAGAAAGCAGGUUUUAAGGAUGUUCAACUAAAAAGGAUUGGCCCUAAGUGGUACCGUGGAGUUAGGCGCCAUGGACUCAUUAUGGGGUGUUCUGUAACAGGUGUCAAACCUGCCUCUGGAGAUUCUCCCUUGCAGCUUGGUCCAAAGGUCGAGGAUGUCCAAAAACCGGUGCACCCACUUGUGUUUCUCUACCGUUUCCUCCUAGGGGCUCUGGCGUCGACAUACUACGUACUGGUUCCAAUUUACAUGUGGAUCAAAGACAAAAUUUUUCCAAAGGGAAUGCCAUUGUAAGGUAUGAAAGCAAGGGCUCAAACAUGAAGAGUUGUUCGUGGACGAGGUUGAUUUUCACAUCUACAAGGUUGAUUGUAAUAAUUAUGUAGAACCUGGGUUGGUACUUUGUAGUUAUGUAAUUAGAGGAUUUUAAAACCAUUUGAGAAGUCUCAUCACAUUUCGGAAUAGUUAGCUUGAAAGACUAUGCACUUAAUUCAUGUUACAACUGUUGUUUCA